CGCCCAGACUAGCUCGCAGCGCAGGCGCAGUGGGCCGGAGUCGUCAUGCCGACUGUCAGCCUGAAGCGCGAUUUGCUCUUCCGAGCCCUGGGCCGGACCUACACUGAUGAAGAAUUUGAUGAACUAUGUUUUGAAUUUGGUCUGGAACUUGAUGAAAUUACAUCUGAGAAGGAAAUUAUAAGUAAGGAACAAGGUAAUGAAAAGGCACAGGGGGCCUCUGAUGUUGUUCUCUACAAGAUUGAUGUCCCUGCCAAUAGAUAUGAUCUCCUAUGUCUGGAAGGAUUGGUUCGAGGACUUCAGGUCUUCAAAGAAAGGAUAAAGGCUCCAAUGUAUAAACGGGUAAUGCCUAAUGGAGAAAUCCAGAAAUUGAUCGUCACAGAAGAGACAGCUAAAAUACGCCCGUACGCUGUUGCAGCAGUUCUCCGAAACAUAAAGUUUACUAAAGAUCGAUAUGACAGCUUUAUUGAACUUCAGGAGAAGUUACAUCAGAACAUUUGCAGGAAAAGAGCCUUGGUUGCUAUUGGUACCCAUGACUUGGACACUUUGUCAGGCCCAUUUACUUAUACUGCAAAGAAACCUUCCGAUAUCAAAUUCAAGCCUCUAAAUAAGACCAAGGAGUAUACAGCCUGUGAACUGAUGAACAUAUACAAGACUGACAACCACCUAAAACAUUAUUUACAUAUAAUUGAAAAUAAACCUCUGUAUCCCGUUAUCUAUGAUAGCAAUGGUAUCGUCCUUUCAAUGCCUCCAGUCAUCAAUGGAAAUCAUUCCAAAAUAACAGUAAAUACUAGAAAUAUAUUUAUUGAAUGCACAGGGACUGACUUUACUAAGGCAAAAAUAGUUCUUGAUAUCAUUGUUACCACGUUCAGUGAAUAUUGUGAGAAUCAAUUUACGGUUGAAGCAGCGGAGGUAGUUUUUCCUAAUGGAAAAUUACAUACCUUUCCAGAACUGGCUUAUCGAAAGGAGAUGGUGAGAGCUGAUCUAAUUAACAAAAAAGUUGGGAUCAGAGAAACUCCAGAAAAUCUUGCCAAGCUUCUGACCAGGAUGUGUUUAAAGUCAGAAGUCAUAGGCGAUGGGAAUCAGAUUGAAAUUGAGAUCCCUCCGACCAGAGCUGACAUUAUCCACGCCUGUGAUAUCAUAGAAGAUGCAGCUAUUGCUUAUGGAUAUAACAACAUUCAGAUGACUCUCCCGAAAACAUACACCAUAGCUAAUCAAUUUCCCCUAAAUAAACUCACAGAACUCCUGAGACACGACAUGGCAGCUGCUGGAUUCACUGAGGCACUUACCUUUGCUCUGUGCUCCCAAGAAGAUAUUGCUGAUAAACUGGGUUUGGAGAUCUCUGCAACAAAGGCAGUCCUCAUAAGUAAUCCUAAAACAGCUGAAUUUCAGGUGGCACGCACGACCCUUCUUCCUGGCCUCCUCAAGACCAUAGCUGCGAAUCGGAAGAUGCCCCUUCCUCUGAAACUGUUUGAAAUCUCUGACAUUGUAAUAAAAGAUUCUAGCAGAGAUGUAGGUGCAAGAAACUACAGGCAUCUCUGUGCUGUUUAUUACAACAAGAAUCCUGGGUUUGAGAUAAUCCAUGGGCUUCUGGACAGAAUCAUGCAGCUACUUGAUGUGCCUGCUGGCGAAAAGAAGGGAGGAUAUGUGAUCAAAGCAUCAGAAGGCCCUGCAUUCUUCCCCGGGCGAUGUGCUGAGAUCUUUGCCCGGGGUCAGAGCAUCGGGAAGCUGGGGGUCCUUCAUCCUGAUGUUAUCACCAGAUUCGAGCUGACCAUGCCCUGCUCCUGCGUGGAAAUCAACAUUGAGCCGUUUCUGUGAAGAUGGGUCUCUGUUGUGUGGCUCUCGCCCCGAGGGUCCCUCUCUCCUCCUAGGUGCCCUUUAGUUGUCCCCACAGUAAGUAAGUCCACUUGUGCUCGUGCAUUGAUGUUGAAUAAAGUAGAAAGCAGUG